GGUCAUGCCAAGCUCUGCUCCCUUAGACGCAGCAGAGUGGUGCUGGUCUGCUGCCAGGCACAGACAAACUUCCAGCUGAGUUCCAUUUGUGCGGACGAGAGAGGAUGCAAAAGGCUUUCAUGAGCGGAGCGACGGCAACGCUGCUGAGAGCGACACGCUGUGCCGCAACGCCGGUGCGGGCAGCAAGAUCACACAACUGUUGCCUGCCAACCAGCACGGCAUCUGCAAAUAUCGCAGCAUCAACCACACUGUUCUGCACACGCAGGUUGCAUACCUCAAGGCCCAAGCUGGUCCCAGAUAAAGUUGGCGGCAGGCAGUCUACCGACCAAGGCACAGACGGCGGCCACACAUCCCCAACGCAGCAACCUGAAGCAGAGGCGUCGGGGCCGAAGCCGACUCUUGGGCGAUCCACAUCGCUCUUCGACAUUGACACGAGCACAUCCUCCUUGAUCGAGGCUCCAGAUGCCACGAGUGGAAAGGAUGGAACCGCGAACGAUGCUGCGCGCACAGGGGCCAAGGGGAAGCGCUCCAUGAGCUCUAUAGACAAGAACCGGCGAACACGGACACGGGUUCUUCUUGGCAUCGCUGGCUUAUGCCUUGCGGCUACUGUGGUGCAGGCUGGUAGAGAAAUGGAUGAAAGAGAGGCGAAGCGGUUUGAAGAUAACCCACUGAAAGACAGCUGGUUUGGACGGCUGUGGCUGAGGACAACGUCGAUGAAGGAAGAUCUCAAUGCCCCAGCGUGGGAAAAGCUACUGCCAGAUCCGCUUCCCUUCCCCUACAGCCGCCCUUACACCUUGGUCGUCGAUCUAGACGGGCUCAUGACACACUCGGCCUGGUCUCGAGAACAUGGCUGGCGGACAGCCAAACGCCCCGGUCUCGACUACUUCCUCGGCUACCUAUCGCAGUGGUACGAGAUUGUUCUGUACACUUCGCAGCCUUUCUAUACGGCUGGGCCAGUCAUCGAAAAGCUCGACCCGGAUCGCCGCUUCUUGACGUACCUAUUGUUCAGAGAGAGCUGUAGGAGCGUCGAUGGCAAGAUUGUCAAGGACUUGGACGCAUUGAACAGAGAUCUCAACAAGGUUAUCAUCCUCGAUACGAAGAAUGAGGGGUUUGCUCUCCAUCCGCAGAAUGCCGUACUGGUCAAGAAGUGGGAAGGAAACAAAGACGACCGAGAGCUUAUCCACCUCAUCCCUUUCCUCGAGGCUAUCGGCAUAUACGAAAUCCCGAACGUCCGCAAGACAAUCGAGGCGUACAAGGACACACAUAUCCCGACAGAGCACGCGAAACGUACACUCGAAAUGCGUGCUGUCGAGUAUGAGCAGUGGAAGCAAAAGAAGGAAAAGCUUGGCAGCGGCGGGGGGCUGUCCCUUUUCGGAGGAGGCGCAUCAAGGCAGAGCGUAGACGACGAAUUCAAGACUUGGUACGACCGAGAGCGCGAGCGCUUCCAGCAAGCUCAUCUCGAAGAGGAAAAGUACUGGAAGGAAAAUGGAGAGGAGAUCCGAAGGCAGGCCAAGGAGGACCAAGAGCGGCAGCUCAAGGAGAUGAAGACGAAUGCAUGGAGCUUCCUCAUGGGCGGUGCGAAACCGGGGCAGGAUGAAAAUGCAGCACAGGGAGCGGCCCCUGCCAGCUGAGGCCACUACUAUCACACAAGCAUUUCACCACUCUUUGAUGCCUUCGAGAGCGACCUCCAGUGCACUGCUGUAUCAAUAGGCUCCCUGCAAUGCAGUCUCUAUGUCUUUGAUCACCUUGAAGAUUAGGCUUCCGAUGAAAGGGUAAAUUUGGCUGCCACC